GCCGCACCCAAGUGGGAUGAUGGUGAAUGGGCGGGGGCAAGGACAAGCGCAGAGAGAUAAAACUCUGAAAUCAGCAGGGCAGCGGAUAAAAACAGUGCAAACCACAGGCUACCCGUCGAUCUGCUUUGCUUUCAUUCCACCGCAGCUAUAACGAGGGAGGUCAGCCCAGGAUGAACGGAGAGUCAGGUCCCGGGGUGGUGACGGCUCCCCCUCCCACCACAGCCCCGCACAAGGAGCGGUACUUCGACCGGGUGGAUGAGAGCAGUCCGGAGUACCAGAGGGAGAGAAACAUGGCGCCCGACCUGCGGCAAGACUUCAACAUGAUGGAGCAGAAGAAGAGAGUCUCCAUGAUCCUUCAGAGUCCGGCGUUUUGUGAAGAGCUGGAGACGAUGAUCCAGGAUCAACUCAAGAAGGGGAAGACCCCGACAAGCUUGCUGGCUCUGCAGCAGAUCGCAGACUUCAUGACCACCAGCAUGCCCUCCAUGUACCCUGCUGCCCCACAGGGAGGCAUGGCAGCGCUCAACAUGAGUUUGGGGAUGGUGACUCCAGUCAAUGACCUUCGUGGCUCAGACUCCAUCUCUUAUGAAAAAGGCGAGAAGCUGCAGCGGUGCAAGCUGGCGGCCUUUUAUCGACUCGCCGACCUGUUUGGCUGGUCUGAGCUCAUCUACAACCACCUCACCGUCCGAGUGAACUCUGAUCAGGAGCGCUUCCUCAUUGUCCCCUUUGGGCUCCUGUACAGUGAAGUCACUGCUUCCAGCCUGGUGAAGAUCAACCUCCAAGGUGAGAUAGUGGACCGGGGGAGCACCAACCUCGGGGUCAACCAGGCUGGCUUUACUCUCCACUCAGCCAUUUACGCGGCCCGGCCCGAUGUGAAGUGUAUCGUUCACAUACACACAGCAGCAGGCGCUGCGGUUUCAGCCAUGAAAUGUGGACUCCUGCCCAUCUCACCUGAAGCUCUGUCCCUCGGUGAGGUGGCCUACCACGACUACCACGGUAUACUGGUGGAUGAUGAAGAAACUGCUCUCAUCCAGAAGAAUAUUGGGCCUAAGAGCAAGGUGCUCAUCCUGAGGAAUCAUGGUUUGGUGUCAGUCGGAGAAACGGUGGAAGAAGCUUUCCAUUACAUCCACAACCUGGUCACAGCCUGCGAGAUCCAGGUGCGAACACUGGCCAGCGCUGGAGGGCCAGACAAUCUGGUGAUGCUGGACCCUGCCAAAUAUAAGUUGCGCCCAAAUGUCCCUGAGCCGGCAAGUGAUGGGUCCUCAACACAUCCCAAGUGGCAAAUUGGGGAGCAAGAGUUUGAGGCCCUCAUGAGAAUGCUCGAUAACUUGGGCUAUAGGACGGGCUAUCCUUACCGCUGCCCAGCUCUGAGGGACAAAGGUAAAAAGUUCAGUGACGGGGAGCUGGCCCACUCAUACGGUGAGGACAGUGACUCAGGUGCACGCUCCCCACUGAAACACAGCUUCCAGCGCGGCCAGCGCGACAAGACUCGCUGGCUCAAUGCCGGCGGCCGCCCCGAUGAGCCCUACGAGGAUGGGCCCGACGGCUGCAGCCCCAAGUCGAAGCCUAAGGUGUGGACGAACAUAACACAUGAUCACGUCAAACCCUUGCUGCAGUCUCUCUCGUCCGGUGUCUGCGUGCCAAGCUGUAUAACCAACUGCUUGUGGACAAAGGAGGACGGACUCCGCCAGGCUGCCGUAGCAAAUCAGUUCAUCCCUUUGAACACCAACCCAAAGGAAGUCCUGGAAAUGAGGAAUAAGAUCCGGGAGCAGAACCUGCAGGACAUAAAGACGGCGGGUCCCCAGAGUCAGGUUCUGUGUGCCGGCACUGUGGUGGAGCGAAGCUUCAACCAGGGCGAGCUGGUGACGGCGUCCAAGGCCAUCAUCGAGAAGGAGUACCAACCCAAGGUGAUCAUCAGCAAACAGGGUCCAAACCCCUUCACCAAACUCACCGACCAGGAGCUGGAGGAGUACCGCCGCGAGGUGGAGCAGAAACAGAAAGGAGGUGAAGCGCGGCGCCAGCAGGAUUGUAGGGAGGGCUCACCCCGCCCAGAGCUUUCAACCCAGUCUCCCAGCUUAGAGAAAGCUCGGCCUCCGGCCCCCACGCCGGCCUCCCAGCAGAGCUCCUCCCCUGAGGAGGUCUCUUCUGGAGGGCCUGCUUUAGCAGACUCCGCAGGGACAGUAGCGGAUGACGUUUUCUCCACCGCCGACGGGGCUCCAGAGUCCCCGCACAAGGAGUUCUACAGUGCGGUGGUGCGGGCCCUCAGCAUGGACUCGUCGGUGGCCAAAGCGGCGGAGGCAGAUCCAGAUCAAGUAGAGUGUGAGGAGGAGGAGAAAGCCCUGAAGCCCACAUCCACCCCACCCAGCACCCCCGUCAGAGCGGAGGAGGAAUCCCUGCCAGAGCAAACCUUUAAGGACGAGAGUGACGCAGCCACCCUGAGACAGACCCUCCCAGACCUAACGCCAGACGACCCCUCCGACGCCCCAGCGCUUCCCGCCGAAGACCCUGCCGCUGCACCUGCCGCGCCCGCCGCAGACGCAGCCGAGGGGGAGGCGCCCGCUGAAGCUGAGGACCAGGAGGGGGAGGAGUCUCCCAGCAAAUCUCCCUCCAAAAAGAAGAAAAAGUUCCGCACUCCCUCCUUCUUAAAGAAAAACAAAAAAAAGACAGAACCCUAGAUCGGAAUCAGUUGAAUCAGUCCCAGAAAGCUCAGAUUUUUUUUUCCUCUUUUAUAAUUGCACCCUUUAACACCCAGUCAUACUUUGUGUUGUUUUGAUAUCAUUUGUUGCCGGCUUAUUAACUAUUUUCCUUGUUAGUUUGUGCCAAUUUUGUAUUUUGUAUACAAUGUAAAAAUGAGUGCAUAAAGGUUUUUAUUGCUUAGACGCUUUUCGUUAUUGAUGCAGGGUUUUUUUUUUUUUUUUUUUUUCUUUCCACUCCUCCUGGCCUUUUCUGCAUGUUCAUGCUGGCUCACACUCUUGACCUUUUUUUUCUUUUUAGGAAUUUAACCAUUGUAACCACUAGAAUGUAUUGGGAUUGUAUCAAAUAUGUAAAGUGUCUUCUUAAAAAUAAUAAAACAAAGCAAAUGUAAUAGUAAAAUCAGACAACUAUGAAGUGCUACUCGUAUCUGCAGAAGUGGGUGCUUGUUUAAAUGCAUGUGAGCUGAGCAGGACGGCCACAUUUGGGCUUUUAUUUUGAAAAAAAGGUCACCUAUUAAAAUCCACUUCCUUGUCCACAAAACGUUAGGUAUCCUUUGGUCUUUGUGUGAUGUCUGGUCAAAUUUCACAAAGAUUUUAUUUUUUUCUUUUAAUUCAUAAAAUUUGUAUUUUUUUUCAUGCAGUUUUUGUCAGACUCUUAAGAUAAUUUGGACAAUAGUUCACCUGUUCAGGUUAAUGCUGUUUGUCCUAAUUAAAAAAAGAAUGUUUUGUUUUUCUUCAUGUGAAAAAUCAUAAAACUAAAGCAACACUACUCCAUGUGUGAUGGACUUUUUUAAAAUAAAUAUUUUAUUUGAAAUGAUGUCGCUCAGUAUGAGAAAUCCCCCUUCCCCUUGUCAUUCAUACUUUUAUUUUGAAUCCAUCAAUUUAUACGAACAGUAUUUCAAACAUGUUUCCCUUUUUAACCUGAAUUAUAUAUUUUUUUCUUCUCAUGGAUGGGAUUCAGAAGAGUUCAUCUAAAGUUUGCAGGGCAUUAACACCAGACCAUCUGCUGUGCUGUACAAGUUAAACCCUUCUUUUCUAAAUGAUAAGCAGUCAUUGUAAUGGCUUUAAUGAGCAAAAUUAAUUUGAUUCGUAUUUAAAAAAGCAACAUUGCAUGAAAAUAAGAGUUCCAAAAUGAUUGCAGUAAACAGCUCAGUGUCUUAAUGGGUGACAUCAACAGUUUUUUGUUUGUUUUUUUAGUUUUGUUCUAUUUCUUUUUAUUCAUGUCAAACUUUUUCUUUGGUUUAAAAAGUUCAAAAUGUUGCUGAAUUCACCUCCUUUCACUUCAAAUGUCUCACUAUUCCCUCUACAAACUUAAUAUUGAAUCUGUUUUUUGUUUGUUUUUGUCAUUGUUCUGCCAUAAUUACAACCAUAAAAUAAACAACCUUGAAAAGUG